AUGUUCCUCACAUCGCCACGGAACAGUGUGGUCGCUCAUAGCAGCCUCUUAAAGCGGCUCAAUUGCACCACUCUGAUCAGCCCCGUGCCGCAGCCACCACCCGUCACGACUAUCCUAGAGGAAUACCCCCUAAAUGUUCUAGAUGUCCCAGUCCACACAUCCGGUUCAACGGGAAUCCCAAAACCAAUUUUUUGGACCCAUGAUACUGCCUGUAAGCACAUGGAGGUGGUGGUUCUGGAGCCCCCAGAAGGAUAUGAGAGUCUGGAACACUGGAAUCAGGGCAAGAGAAUGUAUCUGGCGGCCGGUCUGGCCUACCUACACUUCAUCAUCUUGCCUAUCGAUGUCAGCCUCGUCCUGCCAACAUCCGGUGGUCUUCCCACGGCAGCCGCCCUGGUCGAAGCGAGAAAACGUGCCCCCUUCGAGACCGCCUUGAUUGUGCCGUCGAUCGUCCAGGAACUGGCACAGAGCCCGGAUCUCCUGGACUUCUGUAGCAAACAUCUAACACAUCUCAUCUACUGCGGAGGGGACCUCCCUCAGCCGAUCGGCGACACAGUAGCUGCAAAGAUCAAGUUAGUGAAUCAGUAUGGUGCGUCUGAGGUCAGGAUGGUCCCUUCUAUCUACUCCAAAACCAAUCGUGAUCCCCUUAAGGACUGGCGUUAUAUCGAUUUUCACCCCCGCAUGGGAGUCGAGCUUCAUAAUAUCGCCGGGGAGGAGUAUGAGAUGGUUAUAGCCCGUAGCCCUGAACGUGAGCGCUACCAGUUCCCUUUUACGCUUUUCCCUGAUCGAUAUGAUUAUCACACUUCAGACCUGUUUGUCCGACAUCCAGAUCCUGCUAAGCCCGACCUCUGGCGCUGGUGCGGUCGUGCAGAUGACGUGAUUGUGUUCCUCAACGGUGAGAAAACCAAUCCAGUGUCAAUGGAACAGCACAUCAUCGCGUGUAAUCCAGAUGUCACUGCAGCGCUUGUGGCCGGCUCACAGCGCUUCCAAGCAUCUCUCCUAGUAGAAGUGAAUGGAAAGGAUCUCAGCGUGGGUGAACGCGCUGCGAUGAUUGAAAAGAUUUGGCCCAGCAUUGGACAAGCUAAUGAGGUUUGUCCCGCGCAUGCGCGUGUGGCCAAGACCCAUAUUCUAUUCACGCCAUCGAAUAAGCCCAUGCUUCGAGCCGGUAAGGGAACGAUUCAGCGAGCUGGCACGCUGGCACAGUGCACUCCGGAGUUGGAUACCCUGUAUAUCGAUGCGGACAAGCUGGCACAAGAUGACGGUGAACAGCUUGGACCUGGAUGCACCGAAGAUCCUAAGCUUAUCUCGGACUAUAUCCGACAAUCCAUCCUUACCAUUACUGGGUGGAAUGCGAACAAGCUGACAGACACGGAGAAUUGGUUCAAUCUCGGACUGGACUCCCUGCAAACAAUCACUGCCACUCGCAUUUUCAAGCGUGGGCUUGACUCCCCUACCCUCACCCCAAACUUAAUCUAUCUCCAUCCAACAGUGAUAGGUCUGACGCAAGCGGUUCUACGCCUUCAGCAGCACCAGGAGGCGUCCACAGAGGCUCAGAAGGAGGCUCAAUUACAAGACCGAGACCAGCUGCUGCAGGAGCUCAUCGGACAGCUGGCCAUCGGCACCGCUCCUACCAAGUCCCCCAUGGCCCAUACUGUUUUACUCACUGGCUCGACGGGCAAUUUAGGCGCCUACAUGCUUGAUACACUAUUAAGGAAUCCAACAGUGAGGCAUGUACAUUGCCUUAGUCGGAAGGAUGGUGCGAUCGACGUGCAGCGUAAGAAGAGCGAAGCCUACAAUUUAAACUUAGAUAUGUCGCGCGUGAGCUUUUGGGAUGCAGACCUCUCGCAGCCAGAUUUCCGGCUUCAGUCCGAUAUUUAUCAGAUGCUACAGUCAGCAACUACCCUACCUAACUUGGUGGGAGUAGUGAAGCUGAUUAACUUCGCCCACAACGCCACCCAGCCCCCGCAUCUUUUCUUCAUCUCUUCCAUUAGCUCCACUAUGGGAUACCAGACUGGCAAUGGCUUAACGCCGGAGGAGUCGAUCACAACUACCACCCAGGCUCUUAACGACUACGCCAACAGCAAAUACCUCGCAGAACAUCUUCUCGCCCAAGCUGCUAAACAGAGCUUCUUGCGUGCUUCUUUCGCCCGUGUAGGCCGGAUCGCGGGGCCCUGGUUUCCCAGUCUUGUCCUGAGCUCCUUGCACGUUGGUGCUCUACCCGACACCCUCGGGCCAGCCCUCGACCGCAUUGGCUGGGUACCAAUCGACCUUUUGGCCGAGGUAUUAGUCGAUUUGGCUCUAAACAAGGACAAGGCAACCAAUGAAUCUGUCAAUGUUUUUCAUCCGGUAAACCUGCACCCCCUGACCUGGGAAGCAAUCCGGCCCAUCGUGGCAAAUGCUCGCCUCAAAGCGUCCGGGAAAACAGCUGAAACUAUUCCCUUUGGAGACUGGGUCCAGCAAAUUCGGCAGGACAUUGAGACAGCAGGUACUGGCGACAAGGCCCUUAGCAACGAGGAGCUACAGGCGCUCGUAGCUAAAAGCCCUGCCGUCAAGCUUCUUGAAUUCUUCGAGGAUAUCAUGUCCAAGUCUACGCCGGAGAACGUGCUGGAUACGCAACUCACCGCGCAGCGCAGUGAGAAAUUGCAAGCCGUGGAGGCUGUCAAGCGGGAAUGGAUCCAGAAGUGGGUUGGGGAGUGGGUUCAGUGA